CAGAAUUUUAUGUGACUAUUAAAAUUUAAUUCGUUUUCGACACUUUGAAGUGAACGAAUAUUUGAUUCUUUUAGGGGGUAUUGACCUAAAAGGUUCAUUCAUUCAUUCUAAACGACGGAUACGUAAUGACACGUUUUGUGAUGAACCUGUUGUUGAUACAAAUUUUGUGCCUGGCGUCGGCACUCGGCAUCCUAGAUGCUGCGUCCAAAUAUUACUCGUAUAAGUUUAUUCUUACUGCCGAUAAUUUAGAAGGAAUGGUAGACGAAGGCGCAGAUGAUAACACCUACGUCCACGUUCUAGACCCGGAACGCACACCGUCUGGCGAAUUGAAAGCCAGUGAAGAACAUAUUUUUAUUGAAAUAUCCACAACCGCGUAUCGUAAAGAAUAUUUUGACAGGCUUGGUCUGGAUAUAGAGAACGACAAGAUUGAUUACACUCCAGAAUUCAGGAGCAUGAACUCAUCUGCGAAGAAUUCCCUGCCAAAAGAUAUCAAAAUUGAAAUAAUUCACACCACAGCUUUUAAAGUUUUCCCAGAUUUUUCUCUCCGACUGAGUGAAGAUUUGGAUGAACUCAGAAAGAAAACAGUCAUUCAGUUUUAUGUUUUAUUGGCCAAUGUUACCAGUGCUGAAAUCGUAUCAAACCCGCUACCAUUUAUGGUGUUCGUGAAACAGCGACCAGUUAGCCUAGAGGAGCAUGGUGCUGCCAUCUACGCCGGUAUCAUUGUGCUAAUCAUUGUGGCCAUCGCAUUACUAGUUCCGUUCACCGUACGUGCUAAACGUCGACGACGUGCCGGUAAACCGAUCUGCGGAUUCGGCAGCGCGAAAUCUCCUGAAGAUAUCCAGAAAGAAAAGCUCGCUGGAAAAGACAAUGCUGCUAUGAUAUUUGACGAUGGAAAAAAUUUCUCGAGACGCAGUUCCACCAUAGAGCCUGGACACGAGUCGUUUCAACAACACAUGGUGCGUUCCGUUUCAGACUUUCACUUCCAACCGAAAUGGUUGGAUCCACAUUACUCUGACGCACACCUGCCACCGCAAUCGCAUCAUCAUCACCACCAUCAUAAUAAUAACAUGACCAACGGACAGCUACAUCCUAAUGGAAAGCGUACUGAAGAACGACUGUAA